UUUGUUGUUGUUGUUUCUCCUCCACGCUGCGGAUGCCUCAGCCUUGCACCCCCGCCCUGGCAGCAUCCCGGCAAAUGAUCGUUCAAUCCCUGGCAACUCCGGACGCAGGACGCAGCGAAAAGGCGCACCGCAUCUGAGCCGAACACACUGCGGAUUGACCGGGAAGAGAGGGGCGGAACCGGGGCAGCGGGGAAACCAGGAGACGCCUGACAGUGGCCGGGAUCUCAUUUCGCAAUGCCGGUGCCAGAUCAGCCUGCAGAGCAGGAGAAGGGGGCCAUGGUGCCCCCUGUGAUGCCAGCCUCCAACGGCGACAGAUCUGAGGCGGAGACGACCUCCUCCAUCCUUGCCUCCGUCAAAGAGCAGGAGCUUCAGUUUGAGCGUCUGACCAGGGAACUCGAGGCUGAGCGCCAGAUCGUCGCCACCCAGCUGGAGAGAUGCAAGCUGGGAUCAGAGGCAGGCAGCAUGAGCAGCAUCAGUUCAGCAGAUGAGCAGUUUCGCUGGAACUCUCAAGCUGAUGGACAAAAAGAUAUAGAAGAUGAGUUGACAACCGGCUUGGAGUUGGUGGAUUCCUGCAUCCGCUCUCUUCAAGAAUCAGGAAUACUUGACAGUGGAGAACGACCGGCUCUUCUUUCCCAGAGUUCCUUGCAGCUCAACUCCACCCCGGAGGCUUCGCUCCAGUACUCUGCCAGCUACCAUAGCAACCAGACCCUCGCCCUUAGCGACAGCAUCUCUGCAGCAACUCCUCAGCGCAGCGGGCAGGUUGGAGGAGCCGUGCACAGCUACAACCAGGUGACAUCCAGUCGUGCAGCCCAGCAACAACAAUCACAGAGUGGUUCAGGUUCAGGUAUCUAUUACUCCAGCUCCACCUUGCCUGCCCAGCGCGUCAGCUCUCCUCUGACCGGAGGAGGCGGCAGCUCAGGGCCCGGUUCUCCCAGUAAACUCCAACGCCUGGGAUCGUCCUCCGACUCGCCGGGCUACUCCACCACCCAGCGCCUGCCUUCCUCCUCCUCUUCGUCUCCCAGCAAACAGUCCAAUGCUAACCGGCUGGCCAAGUCAUUCAGUACUACAGUUGCCGUGACAACAGCGGGAGGGGGCGGGUCUCCCCUGAGGGUUGCAUCUCCACCCAACUCUACAGCGGCAGGGGGAGGGACCAGUUCGUCAUCGUCCCCUCUUCACCAGAUGAGUUCGGGCAUAGGGAGCUAUGCCACUCUGUCUCCCAAACGUCUGGCAGCUCAUCACGCCUCUGAACAGUACAAGAUCUCCCACGAGCUCUACGCUACCGCUACGCUGCAGAGGCCUGGAAGUCUGGCAGGCUCUCGUGGCUCUUACAGUAGUCAGCACAGUCAAGAGCCCCUUCGGCCGUUGGGGUCUCCAGAGCACCACAUAGAUCCCAUCUAUGAAGAGCGUGUCUACCACAACAAGGGCCCCAUGAGGAGCCUCAGCCAGAGCCAGGGGCCAGACACAGGCCCCUACCGCAACAACACCGCUCCUUCCUCCCCCGGUGUCGACUCCGCCCCUUUGCAGCGCACAGGAAGUCACGGGACGGGCACGGGAAACUACGGCCGCGGCGGGACCAACAACUACGCCACAGUGGGGCCGGGCUACACCUCCAGCGGAGGUGGUGGAAGUGGAGAUGUAUACGGGUCCGAUCCGUACGUGGCGGAUCCGUACCGGACCCUGCAGUACUGCCCCUCGGUGGUGGAAUCACCUUACAGCAAAUCAGGACCGGCGCUGCCGCCCGAAGGGAGCCUUCAGCGUUCGCCGUCCAUCGACUCCAUUCAGAAAGAUCCCAGAGAAUUUGGGUGGAGAGAUCCGGAGCUGCCAGAGGUGAUCCAGAUGUUGCAGCACCAGUUCCCAUCGGUGCAGUCCAACGCCGCAGCCUACCUACAGCAUCUCUGCUUCGGAGACAACAAGAUCAAAGCUGAGAUUCGCAGACAGGGAGGCAUCCAGCUGCUGGUGGACCUGCUGGACCACAGGAUGAGCGAGGUUCACCGCAGCGCCUGUGGAGCCUUGAGGAACCUGGUGUACGGCAAGGCCAACGACGAGAACAAAGUGACCCUGAAGAACUGCGGGGGGAUUCCCGCCUUGGUUCGCCUGCUGAGGAAGACCGGCGAUGUGGAAAUCAGAGAGCUGGUCACAGGCGUGCUGUGGAACCUGUCCUCCUGCGACGCGCUGAAGAUGCCAAUCAUCCAGGACGCCCUGGCCGUCCUGACCAACAGCGUCAUCAUACCCCACUCCAACUGGGACUCCUCCCCCAACCACCACGAUGACCGCAAGCUGCACCUGCACACCUCGCAGGUGCUGCGCAACGCUACAGGCUGCCUCAGGAAUGUAAGCUCAGCAGGUGAGGAGGCGAGGCGGAGGAUGCGGGAGUGUGACGGCCUGACGGAUGCUCUCCUCUACGUUAUCCAGACCUCCCUGGGCAGCAGCGAGAUCGACAGCAAGACUGUGGAGAACUGCGUCUGCAUCCUGAGAAACCUGUCCUACCGGCUGGCCGCCGAGACGUCCCACGGACAGCAGGUGGGGUUGGAGGAGCUGGACGGGUUGCUUUGUGAUGCCAAUGGCCGCGAUGGAGAGAGCUCUGGCUGUUGGGGCAAGAAGAAGAAGAAAAAGAAGGGAGCAGACCAGUGGGAUGGCGUGGGUCCCUUCCCAGACACGGCGGAGCCCCCUAAAGGGGUUCAGAUGUUGUGGCACCCAACCAUCGUCAAGCCCUACCUCACCCUGCUGUCUGAGUGCUCAAAUCCUGACACCCUGGAGGGUGCAGCUGGGGCUCUGCAGAACCUGGCUGCAGGCAGCUGGAAGUGGUCAGUGUACAUCCGGGCUGCAGUCCGUAAGGAGAAAGGCCUUCCAAUCCUGGUGGAGUUACUGAGGAUAGACAACGACAAAGUGGUGUGCGCUGUGGCCACUGCGCUCAGAAAUAUGGCCCUGGACAUCAGGAACAAGGAGCUAAUCGGUAAAUAUGCUAUGAGAGAUCUGAUCCACCGGUUACCAGGCAGCAGCAGCAGCACCAACAACAACGCCACCAACAGCGGGACCACCGGGACUACGGGCCCUCCCAGCAAGGCCAUGUCAGACGACACUGUAACGGCCAUCUGCUGCGCGCUUCAUGAAGUCAUCACCAAGAAUAUGGAGAACGCGAAAGCUUUACGCGACGCCGGCGGCAUCGAGAAACUCAUCGGGAUCGCCCGCAGCAAAGGAGACAAACACUCUGCAAAAGUGGUGAAGGCAGCCUCUCAGGUCCUCAGCAGCAUGUGGCAGUACAGAGACCUGCGCUCUCUCUACAAGAAGGAUGGUUAUUCCCAGUAUCACUUUGUGGGCUCGGCUUCAACAAUAGAACGAGACAGACAGAGGCCUUACUCCUCCUCACGAACUCCCUCUGUCUCUCCUGUCAGGACUUCACCAAAUAACCGCUCCGCGAGCGCUCCAGCCUCCCCCAGAGAGAUGAUGAGUCUGAAGGAACGCAAGAUGGACUACGAUUCCACGGCAACCAACGCCGGUUUCCAUAGCAACAAAGGAGAGCACACAUCCCGGAAAGACGGCAUGGCAGUUCAAGUAUCCUGCGGGACAUCCACGUUGUUCCGAAACUCCUAUUUGACUGCCAGCGACGACAUUAAGCAAAACCAGAUUCCGCCCCAGCCCUGCGUCUUGCCCCCCCAGCCUCAGCAGGACAGCCCGUCAGCCGCCGUGCUAAAAGACUACGACCCCUAUCCUCCUCCUCCCUCCUUCCCUCAGCCUCAGCCGCCACAGCCUCCACCUCACAGCCAGAGCCGGAGCUUCGACGAGAGCUACUACGAGGACCAGGGGCCGCCGCCCCCACCGCCGUCCCAGCCACAGCCCCAAAUCCAAGCACAGGCCCAGCCUCAGGCCCCACCCCAGCCGCCUCCGGGCUCCGCCGGACCGCCCCGGGACCCGCGGGAGGAUCUGCGCAUGCACCUGGGCCUCAAGUCCACCGGCAACUACGUAGACUUCUACUCGGCCUCUCGGCCGUACAGCGAACUGAACUACGAGACCAGCCACUACCCGGCCUCACCUGACUCCUGGGUCUAGUCGGACCGUUCCAAUUAGGUGGGCGGGGAGGGGAGGGGGCAAAACAGAGUCUGUGUGUGCUUGUGUGAAAGGGAUUAUUUUUGAAAAAGACCAACAACAAAAUUAACACAAGGUGACUAAAAGUGGUUUUUUUGAAAAGGGAUCUUGUAGCCAGUGACAGUGACGUUUGUGUUCUCUAAAACAGGCAGGAGGAUUGGAGGUAGAUGGGGUUAAAAGUAAAAAUCAGGUCAUGUGACAAAGAGAGACUGUGCAUGUGCAUGCAAACAUUUUCCCCAUUUUUUUUUUUUUUUUUUUUCCAGACCUCUACGUUUCUUUAAAAUUUUCUCCAUUUCACCGGUAGCCAGAGCGAGUAGGAAGAGAAGAAGGUUGUUUGACAGGAGUGGUAAAGGAGAUUUAAAAAAAAAAAAAAAAAAAGAGCGAAAAUGAUGGCAGUGAGCAUGCAGAUGCCAAGAGAGGAGGAGAUGGAUCGGACGGAGGAAUAAUGGAGCACAUGAGGGAGAGCUCUGGAUGAGGAAGUGGAAGUGCUUGACCUUCUGUUGAAGAGAGGGAAAGAUGACAGACAAGAUGGCACGGGGGUUCUCGAGGAGGUCAGGCAGAAUAAAAGCACAGAAAGAUGAAAGCACAUCAGGCACAAGGUAAGAAGUGGAUGUUUACCAUUUCACCCAAGUGACAAACGUAGCACUGCUUUUAUCCCCCGUUUUUCGUUGCGACGGCCUUGCUGCGUCCAGAGGCUUCCGAAUUUGUUUUGAAGGAAUGUCAUCUUUAAGAGACUUAUUUUGUGUCAUGCUUAUUUUACAUCUUUUUUUUUAUUUGUACUUUUCUAACUUUUCACUUAAAAUAAAGCCUUUUUUUUAUUUUCAGUGUACAGGUAAUAUAGUGUGUAUAUUACACGUUUAUGAUGGGCCACUAAUGAAAACCUGAUUUUUGUUUUCUUUUUUCAUGACUGACUACUAACUGAAACAACUAAAGCAACAA